UGCUCGCGCCGUGAGGAAGUGAGCUGCCAUUGGAUGCGCCGCGCGUUGCGUACCAAAUGAUUUCUACAGUGCGUGCUGCACUGGACCCCCUACCUGAGUUUUACCUUGUUGUUAUUUCUUUCUCUGCGGUGUCUUUGACAACACCUUGACAGGGUCAGGAUGGACCUGGUGUUAAAUGUUGCAGAUUAUUACUUUUUCACUCCAUAUGUGUAUCCAUCAUCAUGGGCUGAGGAUGAACCUCUACGACAGAUCAUCGGUUUAAUGGUGGUCACCAACCUGGGUGCUGCAAUCCUGUAUCUUGGCCUGGGUGCUUUAAGCUACUUUUUUGUUUUUGACCACAAAUUAAAGCAACACCCUCAAUUUUUGGAGAACCAGGUGCAACGAGAAAUAAAGUAUGCGUUGUGGUCUUUACCCUGGAUUAGUGUUCCUACAGUGGCGUUGUUUUUUGCUGAGGUCAGAGGUUACAGCAAACUGUACGACAAUGUUGACGAGUCGCCACUCGGUUGGUCGGGGCUGAUUUUCAGCAUGGUGUCCUUCCUGUUUUUUACUGACAUGUGUAUUUACUGGAUUCACAGAUUUCUUCACCACAAGUUGAUAUAUAAGUAUUUUCACAAACCACACCACAUUUGGAAGAUUCCGAGCCCAUUUGCCAGCCACGCUUUCCACCCUGUUGAUGGAUUUCUUCAAGGCCUCCCGUACCACAUCUACCCCUUCUUCUUUCCUCUACACAAGGUUCUGUACUUAGUCCUGUAUGUGUUUGUCAAUGUGUGGACCAUUUCUAUUCACGAUGGCGACUACCGUGUGCCCAAUCUGUUCGAACCAGUCAUUAACGGUUCAGCUCACCACACAGACCACCACCUCUUCUUUGACUACAACUACGGGCAGUACUUUACUCUGUGGGACCGCAUCGGAGGCUCAUACCGUUACCCUUCUCCGCUAAUGGGAAAAGGGCCACACGACUUCAUCAAGAAGUUAAUGGCAGAAGGAAAGCUGAACUCAAAUGGCAUUAAUGGACAUAAUAGUAAAAACAACUCUCGUGACAAGAAAGAGUAGGUGGGCAUGUAAAAGCAUCUUGAAUGAGUUCAAGGUAAGAGAUUAACCCUUAAAAUAUUCCUUUGUGAAAGGGAUUUGAUAAUUCAAGGCCUCUUUCUAUAAGGACUUGUCUUUGAAAUAUCAGUUGUCCAUAAAAGAUGUUUACUCCUGCCAAAAAAAAUAGAAACAAGUAUAUUUCAUUGCCAAAUAGAAACAUUACCCUUUGUGUUGUGUUGCCCUGGUAUUCUUUUGAUUUUAUGUAACUUAAUAUGAAUUCAUAUACAAUUAUAUUUCAAUUAAUGAAGGCUUCUGUCAAGUAGACAUCUAUAAUUUUGCUGUCAAAAACAUUUAACUAAUUCAUGAGGAGUGACAGGACUCUAACUUCAGUACAUCUCAGCUCACCUUUGUGAUAACACAAAGCACAUUUCAAAUUAAAUAAGUCUCUUGAUAGAUAUGUUUGUCAUUGAACAGAUCACUGUUAUAAAGACCAGUAAGUAGAAAUAUAAUAUAAAUGGUUUUGCUGAUCACAGAAAGGAACUGUAAUCUGUGGUCUAUUUUUUUAUAUGAAUAACAUGCUCUGUCCAAAUAAAAAAAUAAUAUAUAUAUAUAUAUAUAUAUAUAUAUAUAUAUAUAUAUAUAUAUAUAUAUAUAUAUAUAUAUAUAUAUAUAUAUAUAUGUUGAUGGUAAUGUAACUGUUGUCUUUAUCAAUUUUUUCACAGUGGAUUUUCCUAAUCACUAACUUCCAAUUAUUACAUAAAUAUUUUUUCAUGCAGAAAUGUGUUGAUCAUGAAAAUCUGAGAUCGUUAUUUAAUAAACUUAUCUCCAUCAGAAAUGAGCCAAUGAUAUUGACUGAAUGCUUUCGUAUUAUACGUUCAUGAAAUACUUUCACCUCAGAUCUGCUUAAUCCGGCCACAGGGCCUUCAGAAAUACCACUUUGUUGGCAGAAAUCGCUAAAUGUGAUUUUUCGGCAAAAUCCUCUUAAGUGCACAGAAGAAAAAUUGAAUAAACCACAGCAGGCAUACGUCAAGGUACCCAGUUAAAGAAGGUUUACAGAAUAUAUUAGGAUAUUGACUGAAUUUUUAAGCCUUUUAGAUUUAUUCAGAAAGGACAGUAAAGAGUGACUGGAGACAUUUUUUGAAGUGGAGAUUUUUGCAUAUAAAUACAGGGUUUUAGAGCAAAAGUGACAAUGAACCUAAAUAUAUCAGCCUAACAAAAAAUGCUCAUUUACAAGAAAACAUGUCAGACGCACUUAGAGGGUUUUGCAGUGCACUCUUCAUGUAUUUAUGUAAGCAAGUAUCCAUGUAAGGUAAUGAGGUAAUAUUACAGCCAAAAGGUCAUUUUUGAGUCUGGGGUUUAUAUGACCAGCUGACUGUAUAUAAUGAUAAUGUAAUGUAAGUCUUUCAUUGAUUCUUCAGACUGACAGACACUUUUUGGCUGGGGUAAAUAAAGUUAUAUCACUCGCUCAAGUUACACAUUGUUGAAAGUGUACUUUGGAUAUUAGCCAAGCUUAAUAAUCACUGAAGUUUUAUUUUCCUUGUUGCAUAGCAACAGACAGACAGAGUCCUUGUGCAUCAUCUUAUACACAGUAGAGGGGGCUGUUGCAUCAACAUUUAUUCAGUCAUUUGUGAUUUUAUAGCAUUGCACAGAUAGAUGCACCUUUUCAGAACAAAUUAACUGUAGUUUUUAAUCAUUUAUUCGGCUUGUAGUGUGUGCAAUAAAAAUAGCAGCAAAACCAGAAUUCAUUCAUACAUCAACAUAUUGCUUCUGGUAGGAAAGGAGAUUUUAAAGAGAAAUUAAUUUCUCUGUUAACAAGGCUUGAUGAGGGGUGAUCAUGGAAAGUGUUACCAUUUAAAGCAAACAAAAUAAACUUAAAUUAAUUAUAUUGAAUUAUUUAUUAUUUAAAUGUGGGGGAGAAUGAUAGGAGCCAUGCUUUGAGAGUCAAAUUUAAUUCCUGCUAUAAAAACAUCUUUGCAAACUAAUUAGUGUCUAUGGCAACAGUUUAUUUUUAUGACUAAUAGAAUUUCAGAAAGGUUAUGAAAAGAGAUUUACACAAGAACUACACUGACCAAAAUAAUAAACGCAACAAUUUUGUUUUCGCACCCAUUUUUCAUGAGCUGACCUGAAAGAUCAAAAACUUUUUCUAUGUUUACAAAAGGCCUCUCAAAUAUUGUUCACAAAUCUGUGUUAGUGAGCACUUCUCCUUUGCAGAGAUAAUCCAUCCACCUCACAGGGUUGGCAUAUCAAGAUACUGAUUUAUACAGCAUGACGAUUACACAGGUGUGCCUUAGGCUGGCCACAAUAAAAGGCCACUCUAUAUAGGCCUUUUGUGUACAUAUCUUAGACCUUUCAGUUCAGCUCAUGAAAAAUCAAAAGUGUUGCGUUUAUAAUUUUAGUCAGUGUAACAUUAUUUAAAUCAGUUGUUAAAGAUGCAUUUUUGGGGAGUUUAAUGAUUGCCUUUCUGGUAAAGUGUUGUACCACAUUAUUAUUUGCAUAAAUGCUAUAAACAUAUCUAAAAAAAAAACCAUGAUUAUUACAGUUCUUUAUGUAUUUGUAUGUUCAGGGUCUCGUUUUGACUUUAUUAAAGAGAAAUACGUUUAUAACCAAA